AUGAUAAUUGACUUGAUAGAGGAGUUCCCAUCAAAUGCUGGUGCGGUGAAUUGUUUGUCGAUUGGGCACAAAUCUGGAAAGGUGCUGGCCACAGGAGGGGAGGAUAAGAAGGUCAACUUGUUUGCUAUCGGGAAAACAAACUGUAUACUGAGUUUGAGAGGCCACUCUACGUCAGUUGAAUCCCUCCGAUUCAAUGGAACAGAAAACUUGGUGGCAGCUGGUUCACAGGGGGGUGUUCUCAAAAUCUGGGACCUCGAGGCAUCUAAGGUGCUGAGAACACUUUCUGGUCACAAGUGCAAUGUGAGAUCUCUCGACUUCCAUCCAUUUGGAGAGAUUAUUGCAAGUGGCUCUAUGGAUACUAACAUCAAGUUAUGGGAUUUCAGGCGCAAGGGAUGCAUAUUUACAUACAAGGGUCACUCAGGCACCAUCAACAACCUCAGGUUCAGUCCAGAUGGCAAAUGGAUUGCAUCUGCCAGUGAUGACAACACAGCCAGGUUAUGGGAUAUGUCAACAGGUCGACAGAUUGCGGAAUUCCCACACAACUUUUCCUCAGUGAACACUGUUGAAUUCCAUCCAAUCGACUUCCUCCUUGUUACUGGAGGCAGCGACAAGACAGUAAAGUUUUGGGAUCUGGAGACGUUGAAGAUGGUCGACACAACAGAUGGAGACUGCGGUCCUAUUAGGACAGUAUUUGUACACCCUGAUGGAACGUGUGUGUAUGCAUCGUGUCAAGAUUAUUUGAAGGUGUACGGUUGGGAGCCUACGGUAUGUUUCGACACUGUGAACGUAGCCUGGGGAAGGCCUGGUGAUAUUGUCGUCUAUCAGAAUGAACUGGUAGGAGCAUCAUUCCAUCAAUCAAACGUUUCAAUCUUUAUUGCUGAUCUUCAAGUUAGUUUUAUAUUUUCAAUCAGAAUAAAUUUUUUCUUUUAA